AUGAUAAUGUCUCCAUCUAUGCCGCUCGCGCAACCAGCCGUGCCUUAUCCCCAAGCGCCACCCUAUGCGAGCACUGUCACCUAUCCUGCACCCUACGUUCAUAGUACGAGCCGAGCGUCAAGUCCCUCCAACCAUAGUCGGGCAUCGGACGGUUUGCCGUACCGCGGAAUGGGAUCUCCUAGCACGGUGAACUCGGAAUUCGAAGUCGAAAGAGUAUCGAAAGCGAAUCGGAGGAGAUCUGUACCUGUUACGACCACAGAGGACGAUAUUGCGUAUCGGGAGUCUGUUUCAAGGCUUCUCAUCGCUUCGACGAGGGUUUCGACGAUAUCGGGGUACAUCCCCCUAGAUCCGUCCCAUCUAAUUUUGUUUUUCCGGACCAAAAGCGGAAUAACUCAUUCUCUCGACUUCCCCAUCGACGUGGAUUACAACACCCCUCCAGCACUUGACGUUCUGAUCGCAUCUUGUCGACCACACCAGACUUCCGAUUCGAAUGACUACUCUGAUACGGAAUCCCUGUUUUACCCACCCAAUCUGCCUUUAACCACCUCGCUCGAACUAGCCAACCAUCCGAUCCUCGAUGCCGUACGUGGCGCUCUCUUCCCACUGUUACCUCAAGGUCACUACCUCACCGUCGUCCGCGACAAACUCGAAGCGGUCGUCAACGGCGGCCGAAUGGGGACACAAAGUCGCAUGUUGAGAAAUGACGGACGAGUAGCGACCAUUUGCGUCACCCUCCCGGUCCGAUUCCGUGGAGGAGCCCUUCUGGUUCGCGAUGCGGAAGGCCACGAAGAGAAGUUCUACGGAAGAGGUGGUAAAUCGGGUGACAUCGAAUGGGUAGCUUUUUCAGCUGAUUGCGAGUAUGAAGUUGAGUUGGUUCAGAAGGGGACGAAGGUGACGUUGUGUUAUGGGGUUUAUUUGAAGACGUUUGGGGCUAGUGGUGUUACGGAUCCGUUGAUUAAUCCGAGUGAUGUGUUUUUGGAUCUGGUCAGCCCGGUGUUGAAUUAUUCGAGGGGGAGGUGUGUUGGGUUUUAUGUUGGGUGCGAGUAUGCGGUUAAUCCGGCGGAGAUGGUGGCGGAUACGUUGGUUCCUAUGCUCAAAGGAGGUGACUCGCUUCUCUAUCACGCUCUCAAACUCUACAAACUCAGUCCUGAAAUUCGCUGGACCGCCGGAGGUUACAUCUGGCCUCGAGAUGUACCGGUUGAGAUUAUAAACCCACCUUUGUCGACCCAGUCCAGUCCCACAUCUCGUUUAGCCGGUAUGUCUUUGCAAGGGGCACCUCCUCCCGUUCGCGGACCAUUCGGUGUUUACUCUGAACAUGAAGGCCCUGAAGACUCACUUCGAAAUCGUGUCAUUCAUAGCGGGGCUAUAUCUCUGGCAGAAGCCGAUAUCAUGAUAUUAACGGAUUGGAAUACACCGUCCCCGCUUGUGGGGAAGGAGCGGGUGCCGUUUGUCAAUGGAGGGGAGAUGGAGAAGUUGGUGGUUAAUGCGUUGAUUGUAAUUUUUGUGCCCUAA